AAGAGGUUUUGCUCUUAAAUAGACACAGACACACACACACACACACACACACACACGUCUCGGAUCAGGCUGAGUGAUGGCUGGCUGUGGCAAGGGUCCAGAGGACGAUGUCUGUCUGAGGUGGACAUGGGUGAAGGUCAUCAUACUGGUCUGCUGUUACGAUACUGUUUUGCUGUGAGGUUCCUGAUCGUAACAGCUCCCACAUCAACAUGGUGGAGUGGACCCGGUGUGACCGAGGGGCGGCGCCCAGUAAGGUCCUCGUCUUCAUGACCUCGGGGUCACAGAUGUGGCUCAACGACACCCAUCAAGGACGUGUCACCAUGACGACAGCCAGCAGCUUCACCCUGAGGAACGUGAGCAUGGAGGACUUUGGGUUGUACUGCUGCAAGCUGAACAUGUUCCCUGAUGGAGUGCUGCAGGCAGAAGUGCAUCUGAGUGAAGGAACUGGAGAGGAAGACCAAAACAUCACGUUGUCAGGCCUUCCUCCACAGAUCGUGUACAUCUUGGGAGGUGUGUGUGCUCUAGUGUUGGUGGUUGUCGUGACAACUGUGAUUGUUUGUGAGAAGCGCAGAGUCCAGCUCCGGGACUACGUCAACGUAUCAGUGCACCAAGGGAGCAUCCCAAAAGGUCAGGAUGACACGGGAGAGGAGAAUGACAAGAGUACAGAGGAGAACAUCAAGGGUGCAGAGGGGAAUAUCAAGGGUGCAGAGAAGAAUGACCAGCUAUAUGCCACCCCGUGCAAGAUCAGAGCUGUAGAGGGUCUGUCUCGCUUGUCUGGACCUGAGGAAGCAGAGAUGAUGACACAACACGCCACCUAGUGGAUAAACACCUGUGCUGCACGAGGAGUUGCAUUCCGUUUCACUUUUUAUUCAGGGAAUUAUUAGCUAUAUUUAUUCUUUUAUUAGGAUUUUAUUACAACUAUUGAUUUAUAUUUCAAACCUUAUUUUAAUGUUAUGGAAACCUUUUCUAUUUGCACAUGUAUUUUAUCCUCACAUAGUUACAUAAUAGCAGCAAAUGUUUCUAUU